AUGGUUGAUGGACUGGCUGAUGUGUCCAUUCCCAAGUUCAACAGAAACACUCCACUUCAAAGAGCAGUCCUCCCAGCAAUGGACUCAAUUGCCAACUCCGGCAUCAACGGUGCUAUGGACCCAGUUGAACCUGGCUACUCAUGUGGCAGUGACACUGCACAUCUAUCAAUCUUUGGCUACGACCCAAGAUUGUACUAUAGAGGUAGAGGUGCAUUUGAAGUGAUGGGCGCAGGACUAGACAUGAUCCCAGGCGACAUUGCAUUCAAGUCCAAACUUUGCCACCCUUGA